AGUUUUUCCACAUGGGAAAUUCUUCUUUUUCUUGAUUUAUUCACUUAUCUGAAAUUUAGCACUACUUGUUUAUUUAUUGAUUCUAAUACAGUGGCAUUCUUGAAUUUUGAAUUUGUGCUUCUCAUUUCAGAUACAUGUAAUUUAAGCUAACCCAAUUAAGAGUUUGUAAAGUCUUAACAUAUAGUUGAAGAAUGAUGAUGAUUUUGAUUUGAUAUAUAAGAUUGUUUUGUUCAUUCUUUUACUGUUGGAGUUUCUUUUAUGUUCAUGAUUUGUUUAUAUUGAGCUACUUUUGUUGGUUUCAUUGAGUUACUAGGACUCAUUUGUGUCUAAAAUUUAAGUCUUUACCUGUUUCUUUAGCAAUUCACUACUUCUUUACCUAUAGUAGUGAAUCUAUGAGUAUUAUGAGUUGUUAAUUGUAUUGAAUUCUGAAGUACUAGUACCCGAAUCAGGAGCCGGGAUUUGAACUUUGUUAGUUUUAAAUUCUAGAAUAGCGACAUCAUGUGUUAGUAACUGGAUUCGGAAACUUAAUUUUUGCACGUAUUUGGUGAAUUUCAUUAUAUAAAUACAGAGUUUGAACUAAAGCUACACAUCUAGUACCUAGAUUGAGUAGAUUGCACUUCAAUAAAAAAGAAUAGUGUUAGAGAAUUGAUAGUCACUUCCCCCAGUUUAGUAAUGGAAGCUCAUAGGAAAUUGAUAAAAUCGUAUAUGUGUAGCAUUUGUUACUAACCUUCGGAAUUUAAAACCGUUUGUAAAAAAAUGUUUUUCCCUUCAGAUGAUAUUUUGAAGCAGAAAGCGGACAUUUGCUGGCUGCAUCCCACAAUUUAUGAGUUUGGUUUAGUUUAAGUGUAACGAGAUUGAGAUUGAGAUUUGUUGACUGAAGUUUUGAUGGAUCAUAGUAAUUUUGUGGUUGAUGUUGAGAGCUGUAGGAGUGCGAGCGGAGAAGCAGGAAGCACUAAUUCUCCUUUGGAUGCCAAAGUAGGGGAUGUAUUUUCCACUAGUCUCAGUAAUGGUGAUGGCGAAGAACUUUCUAAAGCUGAAAAUGGAUUGAAUAUGAACAGCAAUAUGAAGGACGGGGAUGAGCUUGCUCGGGGGAGUGUUAGAGUAUUUAUAGACAAGGGAAGUUUAGUAGAGAAGAAAACAAGCAAAGAAAAACGUAAAUCCACGAGUGCUCAGAAGGCUCCCAAACCUCCUAGACCUCCUAGAGGAUUUUCAUUGGAUGCUGCUGACCAGAAAUUGAUCAAAGAGAUUGCGGAACUCGCUAUGAUCAAACGAGCACGGAUUGAGCGAAUGAAGGCUUUGAAGAAAAUGAAAGCAGCCAAGGCAUCGUCAACAUCAUCAGCGUUGAAUGGCAGUUCCCUUGCCUUGCUAUUUACGGUUUUCUUCUUUUUUGUGCUAUUGUUUCAAGGGAUGUCUUAUAGAAGUUCAACUAUGAGCUUUUAUGAUUCAGUCCAACCCGGCCUGGUAAGGGAGAAUAGGUUCAUAAUUGUACAGGACAACUCUAGUUUAUCCACCAGUACUGCCAUUGUUGCGGGGUCUGGAUCUUCUGAUAAUGUGGAGCAGGCUUCUGGUUUAACUCACGGGAAUAGUCCGAAAAGUGUCGGAAGCUGAAAUUUAGUGACAUGCAUCAAACUAUUCAAAUAUGAAUACAGAUUGACACUACGUUUCUGGUAUACACUGCGCCUUCCUGAAGGAGUUGCACGUAAGUGACUCAGCUCAAGACCUGGCUAAUUUGUAUACCCUGUACAGUGAUUGAUACUGGUUGAUUGAGAUGAAUAACCACUGGCAUAGAAUUGCCAAUUCAGUAGCUAGCCUCAAAUAAAAAAAUAGCUUUUGAAGCCGACUAAGUCUAAUUUCCAUGAGCGUUCUGAGUAGACAAAUGUUAUGAUAUUUGGACUAGUUACAUAGUGCAUAGUACAAUCAGAGCAAGAAUUCCAGGGCUCCGUAAUUGCUGAACAACUAUUUUGACUUGUUUACUAACCGUAUCUUUUUGACUUGCUUGCUCGCACUAACUACAUAUUAAUUGCCUAGAACUGUGCUUGAGAUGCGCUUAACAUCGGAGUUAUUUGCAUUUUCAUGGAAUCGAA